AUGUGCAAACGUUUGCCAACUGUGCGUACAGAAAACACUACUUUUAACAGCAUGUUCAAGCUGCUGACGGUCAUAUCUCUAGCGUCGGUGACACGUCAGGAGGUGGUCACCACAGUCCAAGGACGGAUACGGGGUGUGACUCAAGAUGGGUUUGUAUCUUUCAUUGGGAUACCAUACGCUACGAUCAACGGAGCCGGUGGUCGAUUUAAGCAAGCUGGCUUAGCCCCGAAUUGGUCUGGAAUUAGAGAAUCCCAAUACGUGCACUGUACCGAGUCUUCCCCUGUAGAAGACUGUCUUCAACUGGAAGUCCAUAUGCCAACUACUGGAGGCGCUCCGUGGCCGGUCUUCGUGUGGGUCAGGGGGGGCAGUGGCCGAUACAACCCUGGCCUACUAGUGCAACAGGGGAUAGUCGCAGUCAUAGUCAGUCAUAGAUUGGGGCCGACAGGAUUCCUAUGCCUCGGUGAAGAGAGUAUACCCGGAAAUGCUGGUGUCAAAGAUGUCAUUGUCGCACUACGUUGGGUGAGAGACAACAUAAGCGCCUUUAAAGGCAACCCGAACAGAGUGGUGGUAGCUGGACAAAGCUACGGAGCGGCCAUGGUGGAGGCUCUUGUUAUCUCUGAAAUGUCGCGAGGACUGUUUCAUGGUGCUAUUUUACAAAGUGGCAGUGUAUUGAGCCCUUGGGCUUUUAAUUACGACGCCAAACUACGAGGAGAGUUUUUAAAAAGAAUGUACCCAGACGAUGUAGACGUAACUACAACGAAUCUAAAUAUUUUGGUCCAUAACUCGAAACAGAUCGAUUUCUCUUACUAUGCUUUCGGAAUGUGUGCUGAAAAAGCUUUUAAGCAUCAAGAGGUGUUGUUAUCAGAUCCACCUUAUAGACUUGAAUCGUCGAACAAUUUAAGAACAGUACCUCUGAUGAUAGGUUACAACAGUAACGAAGCUUACGUGUUCGUAUCGAAUUUGAAGCGAAAUAAUAUCCUCAAAAAAGUAAAACGAAACUUAUCUCUGCUUUUGCCGGAAGAGCUCAAGUUUCUAGACGACGUAGAAGUAAACGAUGUUAUAAAUCAAAUAAGAGAUUUAUAUUUCAAGCACAAUAACAUUACAAUGCACGCGUUACUGUCCUAUCAUAGUGACGCAUACUUUGUAAAUCACAUAUAUAGAAGCGUACGUCUACAUUCAACGUCUCAUCUACCGAUCUACUUGUAUCAGUUCUCUCAUUCUACAGAACUCGGUGUGAGCACCGUUCACGGGAUAAAGAAGUACGGUGCAGCACAUUCUGACGAACUGGCGUAUUUAUUUAAAGAAAAAGGAAAUGGGAUUGAAGGCGUUAAUGCAAUGAAAUCCAACAACGAUGGAUUCAUCGAUUCCUUGGGAACAUUUCGAAUUAGAAAAUCGCCGCAUAUUGGACAUCAGUUCGGAGCUGAUCAUGAAGAAUUUCUCUCGACAUCAACACAUGGUCACUUGGGACGAUAUCUACGAUAG